AUGUCUUCCGAUCCAAAGGCCAGCUCUCUCCCAGCUCCAAACAAUGUGCAGCCAACCAAAGGUCCAAAAUACAAACGCAAACGCCUGCUGUCGAUCCUACUCGGAACCAUUUUCCUCGUCGCCAUAGUGGUUGCCGUUGUCUGUCUCUCAAUCUUGCUCCCUAAAAAGAUUAAGCACGACAAUAACGACGAUGGAGGCAGCCAUAACACCGGAGGAGGAAGCCAGUCCCAGGAUGGAGAAUGCCAUGUUGUCAGCAAAGUAUCUUACACCUUCUAUGGAUACCCCGACAAUGACCCUCCCGGUUCAGACAUCUCGGAAGACUGUGGCCGCGGCAUGGCGGCUGGCGGCAUCGGCACCCACGACAAUCCGCUCACUUUCGCCACGGCACCUGGCGAAUUCGACAGAUGCGAGGUGGUUUACUCGCCGUACCUACGGAAAUAUUUGAUCAACGAAGACUACUGCGAACAGUGCACUAAAGACUGGAAGAGUCAUAUUUGGCACGUCGACGUGUGGUUGGGAGGCAACUCAACCACCUACGGCACGGAGCAGCUGAAAUGCGAGAAUAGUCUGACUUCAGAUGAAGAGAGCCAGGUCGUGGUCAAGAGCCCAAGCAGUACUCUGCCUGUUGAUCUUACCUCGUUCUAUCUGGGCGGCAACUCGGUUUGCAGCCUCGAUCACAUUUAUCCGAAUUACGAUAUCAAAGACUAUUGCUAA